AUGGUCCCGCGAAACGACCAGCAAUUCUUUCACAAUGCACGACCGUCCCUGCCGCGAACACAAUCGAAGAACUCCCAUCAGAGUCUGAUCUCUCCAACUCCAUCAGUUGACGGAGACGAUGAACAAUCGGACGACGAUCUAGAAGACGACUACGACGAGGACGAUUCCCUUACUGGUACAGACCCAACAACAGACGCAGAGAUGGGUCCGCAACCACAUCAAGAUGAAGAUACUCGCGAAACCUCAAAGAAGGAGCUUGCAGGCUGGUAUUCAUAUGGCUGGGCCGCCGAAGUCUUCGCCAUAUGCGCUAUGGGUUCAUUCUUGCCCAUGACUCUCGAGCAAUUGGCUAGAGAUCAGGGAGUGCUACUACGCGACGGGAAGACACCAUGCAAAACAAGCUUUCCCAACACACCCUCCUUGAUGAGCGCACCUAGAAGACAUGAGCUGCCAGCUUGUAUCGUGCGAAUCGGUCAUCUACAGAUUAACACGGCUAGUUUUGCCAUGUAUACUUUCUCACUCAGUGUCCUGCUGCAAAGCCUAUUGAUAGUCUCCAUGUCAGCAGCGGCCGACCAUGGCAGAUUUCGCAAGACCUUUUUAUUGGUGUUUGCUUUUACUGGCGCUGUUGCACUGAUGCUUUUCCUUCCAGUGGUGCCCAAAGUCUAUCUCCUGGGAGCUUUGCUUGCCAUGGUUGCAAAUACCUGCUUUGGCGCCUCCUUUGUGCUGCUUAAUUCCUUCCUCCCCGUCCUGGUGCGACAUCACCCUUCACUCGCUGCUAGCGAUCAACCUCGAGAGACAGAUUCGUUGUUGGAUGCCAGUCAAGAACAUUACUAUGACGAUACUGGCUCGUCUGCCGGCUCGACUACUACCUUUGAGCACCACAACGCAUCGGAUGCUACAACACCUAUAGCGCCGAAAUCACCAGCAGUGUCAGCGGAGAUGAGGCUAUCUACACGCAUCUCUGCGAAUGGCAUCGGUAUUGGGUAUAUCGCCGGUUUGAUAGUGCAGGUAGGAGGGAUUCUGGUUGUGGCACUGACUGGAUCCACUACCUUCUCAUUGAGACUGGUUCUCUUCAUCGUUGGCUUGUGGUGGCUUGUCUUUAGCAUUCCAGCAGCCCUGUGGUUGAGGCCACGACCUGGUCCACCCCUACCACCGCACUUACAAGGUUGGACAGGCUACGUCAGAUAUUCGUGGGGCUCGCUUUACAAGACUCUGCGUCAGGCGAAGAAGUUACGCGACAUGAUGACCUUUUUGGCAGCAUGGUUCUUACUCAGUGAUGCCAUAGCCUCGAUCAGUGGCACGGCUAUUCUGUUCGCAAAGACCAACUUGGGCAUGAAACCAACACAGCUGGCGCUAAUCAGUGUACUAGGCACCGUAUCAGGCUGUCUAGGAGCUUUCUAUUGGUCAAGAUUUUCCCGCUAUUGGGGAUGGAGGGCAUCGCGAACCAUUGUUGCGUGUGUAUGUCUUUUGGAGAUCAUCCCUCUAUACGGUGUUCUAGGCUUCAUUCCAGCUGUCAGGAAUGCUGGCUUUGGGCUGCAACAACCUAUUGAGAUAUAUUGUUUAGGAGUGAUAUACGGCCUUGUACUCGGUGGUCUCUCAAGUUACUGCAGAGCAGUUUUCGGAGAAUUGAUUCCUCCUGGAUUUGAAGCGUCCUUUUACAGUUUGUACGCAAUCACCGACAAGGGCUCAAGCGUGUUCGGACCCGCCGUUAUAGGCGCCAUAACAGAUCGAUACGGCGAUAUUCGACCAGCGUUUGUGUUUCUGGCGAUCCUGGUCUUCCUUCCUCUGCCACUUCUUCUACUGGUUGACGCCGAUAGAGCAAAGGUGGAUGCAGCUGCUAUGGCCCUCGAAUUAGCAGGUGGGCAGAAUCAAUAUGCUAGAUCAAGGCCCGGUGUUCCCGCUUCGGGAUUUCCGGAAGAGGGUGACGAAAGAUAG